GGCCCGAGACAGCACCCAGACCAAGGCCCAGACAGCAGACGACAUAAACAAACCAGAGGGAGGGAGGGAGUGCGUCCAUCGCCAACACAGAUUACAGUAUUAGAUGAUUAAACUUGGUGAUAAAAGACUCCAGUGUAACAUAGCACCACUGGAGUGGAUGUUCCCGGCAUGCCUUUGAUAAGCCAUGUGGUGGUGCUCCUCGCCACCUGCCUGCUCGCCACACCCCGUGCUGCACACACCCUCCCGCAGCAGAAUGCCACCAGCGCCACACAUCCCACCCCCUCUGCCGCACUCCCUGCAGCCACCACCAUCACAGUUCUACAGAAUGACACCACAAAGAUUCCACCAGUCACCAAACCAGCACCACAGCUAGAAAACGACACUACACCCACAGAGGAACCAGUUAUAUCCACCACACCAAAUCCCACCACAGUCACCACACCACCACAAACUGAUAUCCCUGACACCACUCUCCCCAUCACAACACCACCACCCACAAACCCACCUACUGAAAUCACCACAACCACCACCACUACCACUACUACACCACUGCCAGACACGACAACACCAGCCCCCACCACAACCACUACCACCACCAUCACCACCACACCACAGGAUAACACAACAAACACACCUGAUCCUGGCCACACUACACUGCCUCCUCCUACGCCAGUUUCCACAGACAGUUCUCCCUCAACCACCAUCACCACCGACCCUCCGCCAGGCCCACAUCCUGGCGUCUCAGUGGCCAUUAGCCUUUUCAUCCUUGUGACUGUGAUUUUGGUGAUUGGAGCGAGUGUGUGGUGGGUGCGGCGGCGUUGGCAGCUGGAACGCCUCAGACACCAGCUCAUGCCUGUGUACAACUUUGAUCCCACUGAUGAUGUAGAUGACUGGGAGAAUCAGCUGCUGGAGGAGGAGCGUUCUCUGAGACCUGAGGCUGAUAAGGUGCAGCUCUACUCUGGUAAUGCUACUUUUGAGGCCAGCCAGAAGCCCCCCAGCAGCAGCUCACAGAAGGAAUGACACUGCUGAGACUUGAGACAUCCCUUGUUUGCUGUGGAGGAGUGACGGCACGAGUUUAGCUGCUCAAGUAGUGGUGGGCGCCUCUCUUGGCCGGCAACCCCCACACACACAGAGGGGGGAGGGCACACAGACACACAGCCCCUGCCGCCCCCACACUGCCGGGACUCACCACCUGAUUGGCAGUAGUUGGACAUGUUGCCUUGUGAUUAGUCCCCUGUGGUAUUAUAACAGUGGUGUUGUGUGUGUUGAGUUGCAGGUUGAUGUGUUUGUUUAGCAGCACCAGUUGUUGUCCAGGAAAUACUGUGCUGCCACUGCUGCCACCACCAGGCCAGUAGGUUACGUGUUACUUAUUUCUGUAGCUCCGGUCACACGGUAAUGUCUGUCUCUCAGUUACUUUAUUACUUGACAAACUUAAGAGAGAAAUGAGGUUUGAGUUUGUAAUGAGUGUAUACAUGCAUAGGUGUAUAUUAAGGGGACAAACACUUAUUUUUAUUCGUUUAUGUAAUUCCAAAUUCAUGGUUUUUAAAACAAUUCUUACUUCAGUGAUAAGCAAUAAGUUAUUUGUAAAAGAAAUUACUUAGGCAGAGGUAAUUGUACUCCUGAUAUUUCCUUAAGUAUCAGGUGUGUGUAUGUACAAUGUGACACUGUAUACUGUCAAGGAGGAGGAGGAGGGAGUGGAGAAAACGGUGUGUAUGUGUGUUUGUGUGUGUGUUUGUGCAGGUAGAAUUGGUCACAGUCAUUGGAACGCCUCACAGUUUCAAUGCUAGGAACACGACACCUUUUCUCAGAUGCCGUACCGUACAUGUGAUACUUUCCCCUAGUCUGAAUGGGCCGUCACUGUAGCAGUCUAUUAUUGUUUGUAUCCUGAUAGAGAAGGGUUGUGUCCUACCUCCAGCCAGUCCUACCCUCCUGACUCCUGCAACCUUCUCAAGUGUUGCUGUCUCGUGACUUGGUGGCAGACUCAGGCUUUUUACACUGGCUGCUUGGUGCAUGUGUAUGGAGAAUGGUGUUAAAAGCAGCCUGAGAUAUGCAUGGCCAUCCUAUCAGUAACCAUAGGAGUGCAUGACCAUUCUUUACCUAACUCAUUCUUAAGGUUGUGGCAGGCAGGACUCAGGAGCAAAAGAGGCAGGGCACAACUCCUGUUUACGUCUGUACAGCCACUCUCAGAGGAGCUUUAUUUGUUGAUAUUGCUGUGGAUGUGGAUGUGGAUGUGGGUGUGGUGUGCAAGAUACAGCUGGUGGUGCUCUAUGUGGAAGCAAUGUGUCUUUAUUGAUGCCCAGCAAAGGGUGGGUUGACUGUGCUAAAAUGUUUGUGUUGUCUUGGUCUUGUUUGCAGGUGAAUCUCUGUUUAUGAAUGCAUCAUGGUGCUCAUUGACUGCCUCUAAAGUAGAUUUGCUUGUUGGGUCUGGUGUAGAUAACAUUUCUUUCCAUUUAUAUAUUUUCAUCAUCUCAUAAUUUUUAGUCUUAAUCAUAAAUACAAAGUCUACUCUCAUGAAUUAAGUCAAAGAACAUAAUACAUACUACACCAUAAUUUUUAUAUAAGACUGAAAUUGUUCCCAAAGAGAGGUAAACUAGAAACAUUAUGUCUAAUCUCACCACAGAAACAAAUACAGAUGAGGUUUCCAGUCCGCUCACUCCAUCCUUCUCUUGUUACCUUUCACAAGUACAGUUACAGUGUUCCCUCAAGCCAGCCUUGUCUGUGCCAUAGCUGGACUCCAAACAUUUGUAAAGGGAGAUUCACCUGCAUUACCUGGUGUGUCCUUUGGUGCUGAGACAGUGUGGUGGUGUGAGGCUGCUGCUGAACCCUGGCUGUCCUCACCUCCACCUCAGUGCCUCAUGCCCCAACACUCCCUCUGCUCUCUGCCACUGCAACCUUGUCCCUGUACUACAUCCUUUCCUGCUUCUUGGUUUAUAUUAUUGGUUAAGCAUCAUGACCAUCAAACUGCAUGCACAUCCCCAGGAAUACUUACAUAUUUUUUAUUUCUUAAUAUCAUCAUGUGCAUUUCUCAUUUUGCGUAUGCAAGCAUUAUUAUUAUUAUUAUUUAUUUAUUUAUUUUAUUUUUUUAUUUAUUUAUUUAUUUUUUUUUUUUUGUGUGUGUGUGUUUGUAUGUGUGGGGCAGCUGUGUGUGUGUGUGUGUGUGUGUGUGUGUGUGUGUGUGUGUGUGUGUGUGUGUGUGUGUGGCAGCUGUGUUGCAUGCACAUUAGUUCUGGUAUUUUUGUAAUGCUGUGUUUCUUUCUUAUCAACUACUUGAAAUGUGUUCUGUUUUGUGUGUGCAUUCACACUGCACAGCUGUGGGAGAAAUUAAUGACAUGCACCACAGCUUAGAUUUACCAACACUCAGUCAUAUAUUGGCUUUAUGCUUCCACUUCAUAAUUCAGCUCAUAUUCUCUCUCUCUCUCUCUCUCUCUCUCUCUCUCUCUCUCUCUCUCUCUCUCUCUCUCUCUCUCUCUCUCUCUCUCUCUCUCUCUCUCUCUCUCUCUCUCUCUCUCUCUGUGAGGUGUGACAGACAUUCCUUCCAUAGCUGUGCACAUGGUGGUUGGUUUAAUCUACUUAAGAUAGUGGGGAAACUCCCUUUACUGUGAUCUUAUAUUUAGUGUCUAGUCAGCUAGUUCUCUCUCAGCUCUGCCCUGCUCUGCCUACCACAGGCUGAGGCAGGGAGUGAGUGCAGCCAACACUCCCAGCCACUGCAUACAUGGCAGCUCCUCUUAUCUGGCAUUAGGCAAGGAAGGCCAUGGUAAUGUAGCUAACCUCACCCAGAUGCAUUAUUGAUGAUAUUAUGUAUGUAUGCAUGUGUGUGUUUGUGAGCUGGAUGCUUUGCACAAUACUAUUACUGUUCUGGCUAAUGAACACUAACAGUAAGCAAGAAACUCAAACAUUUAGGAGGUUUUUGACAUUGCCAUAAGACUGUCCUGGAAGCUGCAUGGUUUACUUGACUUUCUGUAGCUACUUUCAUUGUCUAAUAAGAUAUACUUAAGGGCAGUCUGAACACUCUCCUGUCCCCACACACUGUACAUCUGUCUGUAUAUUGAGAGCUGUCUCCUGUGCAUGGCUUGUCAGUGGCCGUGGAGUGUUGUGCUGUCCUGCUCUUCACUCUCCCGGUGCUGCAAGACCUUCUCACCUCCUUGGUCGCCCCAUAUCACAUCGCCUGAAUAAGUUUCGCUUGUAACCAUGGUUGUGUAGAAUUGCAUUAUUGAAGCUCUGAUUUUGUCUCUCUGGCACUUUCUACCAGAGGGACUUUUGUGUCUCCUGUGGAAUGUAUUAAUGGUUACAAAACUGUUUGCCUUACUGAUGGUUGGUCACUGUUGUAAGCUGAGUUCCCUCCAGGCUAUUAAACUUUUGAUCUUUAUGGAUUAAGAGAGGCAGAGCUGCUGAUGCUAGACUUGUGGUGUGCUUGCUCCCUGGUUGUUGUUAACAGUCCUUGAAGGUUGAUUUUCUCCAGUAUUGGUUGUGAGCACUGCAGAUUUGGUUGUUGUCAAAGCUGUAGUGUCGUGUUGAGAGGUUGUUUAAAGAAAGGUUGAUCAAAUAAUUUACACUCAGAAGUUUAUCAUGUCGAAAAGGAUCUGAUGUAUUUCUAGAUAAAUUUACUUAUCAGGGGGUUUUGGUUGUCAGUAUAAUCAGAUCUAUAGAGAAACUGAUCAUUGAUAUAAUUAUAUACUGUGUGACUGUGUAUGUAUGCAUGUGUGUGAACUUGAGUGGCCAUAACUUGUCUUGUGUACAGAAAUGUUGGUAUAACACUAAAGUAGUAUUGUGGUUCAUAUUCAUGAGUCCCACAACACAUCUACUCAAGACUAGCAUAAUGGGUGUGUCCAGUAUCAACUUACAAUAUUGUUUCUUGGUCAUUAUUUCUCAUGUAUUGCCUACCACUGCAGCACCUGUCUGUCUGAUGACCCUUAGUGUGCCUGGCAUCAAGGGAGCUGCUCUACUUAAUGUUUACAAUGUACAUGUCCCUCACUAGUGUGCUGUGCUGCCCUCCUGCAGUCCUCACUACACACAGAGGCUGAAGAUAUUAUAGUAGUGGUCUGGCAGUGUACAUUUAUCUCCCUCCAGUGUAUAAUCUCACAGUUAUCUUGCUGUGAUUCAUACUUUUUUUUCCAUUGGAGAUAUCAUAGCAAAAAAGAAACUUGUCUUUUUGGCACAACUCUACAAUGAUUCUUACUACCUGUUCGUACGUCCUUGUACAACAUUAUAGUAGCUGGUAAUGUUGUGUGUGAGCGUGUAUGUGCGUGUCCACAAACUCCCUGUACUGUUUUGUCAGUGGCUUCCCUCACCACAUCCACCACCACCACCCCUUGCAAGUCCCUGUUCAAGUUCCCGAGGGCCACACGCUGGUCCUGGUGUGGCCGCCUUGUCUGGCUACUUAGGUGCUGUCACUUUGCCUCGGGACUGCAAGACAUUCUUCUGGUGUUGAUUGCAUCAGUGAAUUCCCUGCGAUGAAACACUCAUAGCCACACAGGAUGGUCAGAACAGGAAGAUUGUGUCUGCUCUUGUGCAUGGCAGAAAUCAGAAUAGAGGAAUCAGUGUGAUAGGAAGGGUUUUAUUGAAGCCACAGUGCCAUUCUCACUGUGUGGUUUUGCUGCAAAUGUUUCCGUUUCCAGUGUGCUAAUAAACACCAACUACACAGUUUAGUUACUUUAAUGGGAAAUUCGGUAAUACUUUUUUCACCUUGUAAUGUUUCUUUCCUCCAUCAUUUCUUGAUCAGUGCAAGUGGUAUCAGUCAGUAUUUUCUUUUUUUAUCAUAAGUUUUCACUCAGUGUGAUUUCAGGGUAUUCCAUUGUUAAUUGUAUGUGUAAGAUCAGAGCAAAUAUGAACUGAGAUCUAUGUGAUAAUCUUACCUUAUUAGAAAAGACAUAUCAUUUGAGCUCAAUCAUUCCUGAUGAGUAAAAUUACAUAAGUUAAUUAUAGGGUGUACAUUUUGUGUUUGUGUGAGUUGUUGGUGCACUCCAGACCAGAUGAAGGGAGUGCAAGGGAGAGGCUCCUAGUCAGUCAAUGUUUGUAAAUCUCUUUCCCUAGUGAUGGAGUCUGUCUUGAAUUCACUUUUUCCACUUGUAAGCGAACUUUGGCUGCCUUGAGUGCACCCUAUGAAGAUGACAUUGAUGUGUGCAUGUGUGUAAGUGUGUCUUGCCCAAACAAUCUGUCAGAUGAUUGGCAUGUCCUGUAUUUCAUAAGAAGUCUUCCAAAUUUUGACUUAACAUCAUCCUGUACACUUGGUCCCUGCUGUGUUGCUGCUGCAGGCCCCCAGUGUAUAGCUUCACUCCAUCUCUGUCACUGACCAUCACAGCCAGGCCACAGCCUCCUCACAGCCAAGGCAGGUGGCAUGGCACAAUUUUGAUGUGUAUUAGAAAGGUUGUGUUUGAGGUGUUUAAUGACCUCUGAUUGUUUGCAGUGGGAUAUGAGUUAGAGAGUCAACAGAUGCUUUAGUGUUCAGUUGACUUGUUUACAGUUUCAAAGGGGAUGUAGACAGAUCUGUAAUUUUUCAGGGAUUAUCAUGGUACAGAGAGAACAUAUUGCUACAGCUUGGCCUCAGAGGCUCUGGAAGCUGGCUGUGAUGGGCAGAAGUGACACUCCUGUAAUGUUUCUCAGCUGGAAUGUUACAAAUGUAAAAGUGUGAUUUUUGAAGUAAACUUUGGUAGUUACUUGUGAGUUUCCACGUUAUAUAUUUUUUGUCACUUGUAGCCCCACACAACAGUAUCAUGUACAACUGCGGCUCAUUUGAAAUUUAAUAAUAUAUAUUAUGAAAGUAAA